GUACAUUCAACGCAUGGGUCCGUAUGCUUCCGGUUAAGCUUGUUUGAUCAGCAGCAGCUCUCAGUCUUUUCCCCCCUCUUGGCUUUCAGUGAAACAAUCACAUAGGGCUCCUGGUUCCUCACCUGUGUCUCCCCUAACGGUGAACUUAAACCCACGGACAUGGCAUCAUCGGUCUCGGCACACGCACAGGCCAACCCGGCUCCUGCUCCGCAACUCCAGAGAGGAAUAGUGAAGAUGGUGUUGUCUGGCUGUGCCAUCAUUGUUCGGGGCCAACCUAAAGGUGGCCCUCCGCCUGAGCGCCAGAUUAACCUGAGUAACAUCAGGGCAGGAGCGCUGGCCCGGCGAGCUGCCCAGAGCCAGCCAGACGCUAAGGACUUUCCAGAUGAGCCAUAUGCUUUCCAGGCACGAGAGUUUCUGAGGAAAAAGCUGAUUGGAAAGGAGGUGUGCUUUACUGUGGAGAUAAAGACUGCCCAGGGCAGAGAGUAUGGCUUGGUCUACCUGGGAAGGGACACGUCAGGAGAAAGCCUGGCAGAGUCUCUGGUGGUUGAGGGUCUUGCCACAGUUCGUAGAGAAGGCAUCAGAGGCAACAAUCCUGAACAGGCCAGACUGUGUGAUCUGGAGGACCAGGCCAAGGCUGCUCGAAAGGGGAUGUGGUCAGAGGGGGGUGGUGCCCACACCAUCCGUGACCUGAAAUACAGCAUUGAGAAUCCCCGCAACUUUGUGGACUCUUUGCAUCAGAAACCAGUCAAUGCCAUCAUUGAACAUGUGCGAGAUGGCAGCGUGGUGCGAGCUCUUCUCCUGCCUGAUUAUUACCUGGUGACAAUCAUGCUGUCUGGUGUCAAGUGUCCAACAUUUAAGCGAGAUCCAGAUGGCAUGGAGACCAUUGAGCCGUUUGCUGCGGAGGCCAAGUUCUUCACCGAGUCCCGCCUCCUUCAGAGGGACGUCCAGAUCAUCCUGGAGUCCUGCCCCAAUCAGGUCAUCCUGGGCACCAUCAUGCACCCGAAUGGGAACAUCACGGAGCUCCUGCUGAGGGAGGGCUUUGCACGCUGUGUGGACUGGUCUAUGGCUGUCUAUACUCAGGGUGCAGACAAACUGCGAGCCGGUGAACGGGGUGCUAAGGAACGCAAAGUGAGAAUCUGGAAGGACUACGUCGCUCCCACUGCAAACAUGGAUCAGAAAGACCGACAGUUUGUUGCCAAGGUGAUGCAGAUACUCAACGCGGACGCCAUUGUUGGGAAGCUGAACUCCGGAGAGUGCAAGACCAUCCACCUGUCCAGCAUCCGACCCCCCAGACUGGAGGGAGAGGAAAAGAUCAAGGACAAGGACAAGCGUUUCCGCCCACUCUACGACAUUCCAUACAUGUUUGAGGCCAGAGAAUUCAUGAGGAAGAAACUCAUAGGAAAGAAGGUCAAUGUUACAGUGGAUUACAUCAGAGCUGCCACGGAGACCGGCACCAUUCCAGCCUUCCCAGAGCGCACCUGUGCCACGGUAACAAUAGGAGGCAUUAACAUUGCAGAGGCCCUCGUCAGCAAAGGUCUCGCCACUUGUAUCCGGUAUCGCCAGGACGAUGACCAGCGCUCCUCUCACUACGAUGAACUCCUCGCUGCUGAAGCAAGAGCCAUCAAGAAUACUAAAGGGCUGCACAGCAAGAAGGAGUUCCCCAUUCACAGAGUGGCUGACAUUUCUGGGGAGACGCAGAAGGCCAAGCAGUUCCUUCCAUUCCUGCAGCGCGCUGGUCGCUCUGAGGCUGUGGUGGAGUAUGUCUUCAGUGGGUCACGCCUCAAGCUCUACAUGCCCAAAGAGACCUGUCUCAUCACCUUCCUACUAGCUGGUAUUGAGUGUCCUCGUGGGGGCCGGAACAUUCCAAGUGGCAUUCAGGUGGCUGAGCCAUACAGUGAAGAGGCCAUGCUGUUCACCAAAGAACUCGUCCUCCAGAGAGAGGUGGAAGUAGAAGUUGAAAGCAUGGACAAGGCAGGCAACUUCAUCGGCUGGCUGCACAUCGAUGGGCUGAACCUGUCCGUGGCCCUGGUGGAGACUGCCCUCUCCAAGGUCCACUUCACUGCUGAGCGGAGCUCCUACUACAAGACCCUGGUCUCCGCUGAGGAGCCUGCCCGUGAGAGGAGAGAGAAGAUCUGGGCCAACUACGAGGAGAAACCAACAGAGGAAGUGGCAGCUCUGCAGUCAGAAGAGAGAGAGCGGGUGGCCAAGUACCGAGCCGUAUACGUCACUGAAAUCACAGACGAAUUGCACUUCUAUACACAGGAUGUGGAAACGGGUGCCCAGUUAGAAAACCUGAUGGAGACGAUGCGAGCAGAGAUCGCUGCCGCGCCCCCAGUCGAUGGGUCCUAUGCUCGCAGAGGCGACUUCUGCAUCUCCAAAUUCGCUGAUGGCGAGUGGUACCGAGCCAGAGUGGAGAGAGUGGAGUCCCCAGCCAAGGUCCACGUCUUUUACAUCGACUAUGGCAACAGAGAGACGGUCUCCUCCACACGCCUGGCUCCUCUCCCUCCAGCGUUCAGCACUCGCACCCUGGCUGCUCAGGCCACGGAGCAUGCCUUUGCCUUCAUCCAGGUGCCUCUGGACGAGGAUGCGCGGGCUGACGUGGUGGACUGUAUCGUGCGCGACAUCCAGAACACUCAGUGUCAGCUCAACGUGGAGUACAGCGGAGCCACGUGCCCCCACGUCACGCUGCAGUUCACCGACUCCAAAGACGACGUGGGCCUGGGCCUGGUCAAGGAGGGCUACGUGAUGGUGGACGUCCGGAAAGACAAGUAUCUGCAGAAGAUGGUGACUGAAUACCUGAAUGGCCAGGAGUCAGCCAAGAGAGACAGGCUCAACAUCUGGCGCUACGGAGACUUCCGUGCCGACGACGCGGACGAGUUUGGCUUCAGACGCUGAGACGCGCCGCCGUUCCAAAGACCUUGCGGAAGACAAGAUGCACACACACUGACAAAGAAAAGAAAUAAACCACCAAACUUAAAAAAAGAAAAAGUAACUCUUUUCUCUGUGUCUCCGGUCCUUAAUCCUCUGUGCAUCUCUCCCUGUCUUCCUCUGACUCUUUGGGGGGAGUCAUCAAGGAGUUUCUCUGCCCUAGCCCACCUUGGUAAUCCAACAUCCUUAAUAUCCAGUAUCACUGUAAUCCUUAUCAAAAAGCCAGUCGCCGUCUUCUACAUUAACUUUUUAGCCAAAAGAUUUCUAACCCCACUUGGACAAACUCUUUCAACUGCUCCUCUAUUAAGAGACGGGCGCCCAGUAACAUGAAUAGGGGUUGACGGCAGUGGGAGGUACACAGAGGAUGAUCUCAUGAUCUCAACAGCUUGCUGAGAAAAACACUUCCUAGGAAUGAAUUGAAAUAAUGUAUUGAAAUGUAAAUUGAUAUUAUUUUGAAGUAAGUUAGAUCAACCCACUCAAAGUGAACUAAUGAGUGUAUUUUUUGUCUUUAAUGUAUAUCUGAGUGUUUAAUUACAUUUAAUGACUUUUUACGUAGGGAGUGUUUUUUUUUAUUAUUUCUUGUGGCAAAGAGCUGCCAACGAACGCCUUGACAAGCAUUUCUCUCGUCCUCCGCUGUGAAGUUUACAUAUACAGUAACGGUCAUGAUAUCUCUUAUCUUAGCCUGUCUCCUGCUAUGGCAGAAACAAUGUUGGACUUUGUUUCCCCUUUGAUGGACCUUUUCAAUGUAUUUAAACCUGCUAAAUAAAACAAGCAAACCCAUA